UUGUGGCAAAGUAAACCGUUUCUUUGCCGGAUCUACAAUCAACUUUUAGGCGCAUAAAGGAAUUAGAGGGGCAACUUCGAGUGUCCAAAGGCAGUUGACAUCUGCCCCAAAACACUAAAAGUAUCAUAUAAUUGUACACUAAUAAAACUCUCCGCAUCAGAUUCAUUUUUGGAUCGAGAGAGAGAGAGAGAAAGCACGCGGCAUGAAUUUACAGAGGCCAGAUCUGAAGAUCUAGCCCUACAUAUCUCAAAUUUAGCAUUCAUCAAUCGCUAGAUUUAAAGUUUUAGUAGUAGGAAGGAAUAACCAUGGAAUUGUUUAAGAAUUUACCGGAGAUGGAUCUGAUGCGCUCGGAGAAGAUGACGUUCGUCCAGUUAAUCAUUCCGGUUGAAUCCGCUCACCGCGCCAUAUCCUAUCUUGGCGAACUCGGUUUACUCCAGUUCCGUGACUUAAAUGAAGAUAAAAGCCCAUUUCAAAGAACAUUUGUUAAUCAGGUAAAAAGAUGUGCUGAGAUGUCAAGAAAGCUUCGCUUCUUUAAAGAUCAGAUACACAAGGCUGGUUUACUAUCUUCUGCUCUUCCUACAAUGCAACCAGAUGUGGACUUGGAGGCAUUGGAGAUACAACUUGCUGAGCAUGAACAUGAACUUAUUGAGAUGAAUGCCAACAGUGAGAAACUACAACAGACAUAUAAUGAGCUGCUGGAGUUCAAAAUGGUGCUGCAGAAGGCAGGAGAUUUCCUUCUCUCAGGUAAAAGUUAUGAAACUGCAGAUGGCAGAGAACUAGAAGAAAAUGUGUAUGUCAGUGACUAUCCAGAUUCAGUCUCAUUACUUGAACAGGCAACACAAUCAGGACCCUCAAACUUAUCUGGUCUUAGAUUUAUAAGUGGCAUUAUCCCAAAAUCCAAGGUAUUAUUAUUCGAGAGAAUGUUGUUUCGUGCAACAAGGGGAAAUUUACUUUUCAAUCAAGCAACUGCAGAUGACCUCAUCAUGGAUCCUGUAACAUCUGAAAUGGUUGAGAAAACUGACAUAACAAAACAGACUCAAAUAACUCAAGAGGUUCUAUCAAGGCUUUCUGAGUUGGAAACCACUUUGGAUGUUGGAAUUCGUCACAGGAAUGCUGCUCUUCACUCCAUUGGGUUUCGUUUAAUAGUAUGGAUGAACAUGGUUAAAAGAGAGAAAGCUGUGUUUGAUACUUUGAAUAUGUUAAACUUUGAUGUUACAAAAAAGUGUCUAGUUGGAGAGGGAUGGUGUCCGAUAUUUGCUAAACCCCAGAUUCAGGAGGCACUGCAACGUGCAACAUUUGAUAGCAACUCACAAGUGGGCAUCAUAUUUCAUGUGAUGGAUGCUGUGGAGUCGCCUCCAACAUAUUUCAGAACUAACAGUUUUACAAAUGCAUAUCAAGAAAUUGUUGAUGCCUAUGGUGUUGCUAAAUACCAAGAAGCAAAUCCAGCAGUUUAUACUGUAAUUACUUUUCCAUUUCUUUUUGCUGUCAUGUUUGGGGAUUGGGGACAUGGAAUAUGCUUAUUGAUAGGUGCAUUAGUUCUCAUAGCACGUGAAGGAAAGCUUAGUACUCAGAAACUUGGGAGCUUCAUGGAGAUGUUAUUUGGUGGACGUUAUGUACUUCUUUUAAUGUCAAUUUUUUCCAUCUACUGUGGUCUAAUUUACAACGAAUUCUUUUCUGUUCCUUAUCAUAUAUUUGGUGCAUCCGCAUAUAGAUGCCGUGACCCCUCAUGCAGUGAUGCAUAUACAGUUGGUUUAAUCAAAUAUCGCGAUGCAUAUCCAUUUGGUGUGGAUCCUAGCUGGCGUGGGAGUCGUUCAGAGUUACCCUUUUUGAACUCUCUCAAAAUGAAAAUGUCUAUUUUGCUUGGAAUUGCUCAGAUGAAUCUUGGAAUCAUGUUGAGUUACUUCAAUUCGAUUUUCUUCAACAACUCAUUGGAUAUAAGGUACCAGUUUAUCCCACAGAUGAUAUUUUUAAACAGCCUUUUUGGGUAUCUUUCACUUCUGAUUAUCAUAAAAUGGUGCACGGGGUCUCAAGCGGAUCUUUAUCAUGUCAUGAUUUAUAUGUUCUUGAGUCCCUUUGAUGAUCUUGGUGAAAAUGAGUUGUUUUGGGGACAAAGGCCUCUUCAGAUCCUAUUGUUGUUUUCAGCUCUUGUUGCUGUUCCGUGGAUGCUUUUCCCCAAACCUUUCAUUUUAAAGAGACUUCAUGCUGAGCGAUUCCAAGGUCGUGCAUACGGGAUUCUUAGGUCGUCCGAGGUAGACACCGAUUCCGAACCCGGUUCUGCAAGACAACGCCACGAAGAGGAAUUCAAUUUUAGUGAAGUUUUUGUACAUCAAAUGAUACAUUCCAUUGAAUUUGUACUCGGUUCUGUUUCCAAUACUGCUUCAUACCUUCGAUUAUGGGCUUUAAGCUUAGCUCACUCAGAAUUAUCCACUGUAUUCUAUGAGAAAGUUCUCCUCCUUGCUUGGGGGUAUGAUAAUUUUUUAAUCCGAAUGGUGGGGCUAGCGGUGUUUGCUUUUGCAACUGCAUUUAUACUGCUAAUGAUGGAGACACUAAGUGCUUUCCUUCAUGCAUUGAGGCUACACUGGGUGGAAUUUCAAAACAAGUUUUAUCAAGGCGAUGGUUAUAAAUUCAAACCUUUCUCAUUUGCUGCUGUAUUAGCUGAUGAUGAAGAUUAGUUCUAGUACUAGUAAAAUGACAGUUUUCUCCUCACAUUUUCUCGGGAACAAGUACACGUUUUCCCCAAAAUCAGAGUCUUUUUUUUUACCCACCCACCCACAGAGGCGUAAAAAGGGUAACAACAACCUUAAAACACAGAAUUUUUGGGUAGUUAGAUAUGUUUUUAUUUUUACUUUUUAUUUUACCCAUGUGCAGCUUUUCAGUUAACAUAGCAUUGUAGAAACCCUGCUUGCACAAAUAUGGUUUAUAUUACAAUGUAGGUGUUGUAAAGAGGGGAUGUUAUAUCAUUAUCAGAUUCGCGUAUUCUGUAGAU